AUGACGAUGACUGGAGAAGUUCGAUACGCCCAACUGUGGAAGACCUUCUGGUCCGACGAACCUCAAUACGAUUCUAUCAACCCCGAACCCUCCAAUCUAGCCAAGCACAUCAAAACCAUCGAAGUGAACGAUAGUUGGCUGACUGGGCUUGAGUCAAACACUCCAUCGCCUUUGCCCCUAUUGCCCGGCGAGGAUGCGGCAGCGGCAGCGGCCGAUGGAGAUGAAGACGAAGCACCUGCGAGCACACAUAAAAUUCGCUAUAUCGACCUCUCCAAUACCAUCCAGACCGCUUUUCGUCAUUUGAGUAUGGAUCUGACAACGCCCGAAACGAAACCUGCGUUCAUCGUGCGGGAAGAAUAUGUCGAGUUUUUCGAGCACGCACUCAAAUCUGCCAAAGCUGGGAAAAGGAGGCGUUAUUUCGUGACUGGACAGCCUGGCAUAGGGAAAACCUACUUUUCCUACUACACCAUUUGUCGGGUGGUCGCAACCGGCAUCUCUGUCUUCCUCAUCAAAGAGCCGCCCUUUGCGUAUUACUUCUCGUCAGAGGGCGUCAAAAAGUACAGCCUUGUUGACCUGGACGCAUCAAUAGAAGACUUGCUGGAAUCCAGUUGGGUAGUCGUCGAUUUCGAACCUGAAUGGACAUUGCCUGAAGUGCUGAGCAACCCCCGUUGUCUCAUUUGGACUUCUCCGCCCCGCAAAAGUCGAAUGGACUAUAUGGAGAAAAAAUUCGCCGCAGAUGUCUGGUACAUGAGAGCAUGGAGCACACCAGAAAUUGCAGCUGCUACCACGUUGCGUGGGUUGAAUCACGCUGCCGUUUUCGAGGCAUACGAACUCUAUGGUCCAGUCGCUCGCGACCUGCUUCGGAUCGAAGAAGUGGAUAAACAACCAGAAGAAGUACAGAUCAGAGCCAUCAAGAAUCAAAUUCGAAAUAUCAUAGCUCAACGCAAUCGUUUCGCGAUAACGGAGGACAGUCAUGAACUCUUUCUCAUUCAACCCCAGCAGCUAUUGAAGGACAAGAAGUGUUUUUGGGAAAGAAGCAACUACGAGGCAGAAUUCCGUUCCGACCGUAUCGCGCAGUUGUUUGCUGAGGAAGCGCAAAACCAUUGGGAGGAGAACUUCGCCGCCGUUUACAACACGUCUGCGAGUCGAUUGAUAGCUGGCAAGCUAUUCGAGACCAUAAUCCACAGCAGUAUCUGUUGA